GGAGCAGGAGCCGCCUCAUCACGCUUCCCCGACCCCGUCUCCCCCCCACCAGCUCUCUUCUCGCCAGAUCGGCCGCUACCCCCAUCAUGGCACCCCGGCGCAAAGCUUCUUCGGUCCCCGAGGGAUACAGGGAAGACCUUUCCAAGGGCAAGAUGCUCCGAUUCGAAGACUCUCUCCCCCGGUUACCCGUCCCAUCGCUAGAGGAAACCGGCCGUCGCUACCUGAAAUCCGUCCACGCCCUGGUCUCCGAGGCCGAAUACGAGCGCACCAAGAAGGCGGUCGAGGCCUUUGUCCGCGCCGGGGGCGAGGGCGAGCCCCUGCAGGAAAGGCUGCUCGCCCGUGCCGCCGAUCCCAACUGCAAGAGCUGGCUGCUCGACUGGUGGAACCACGCCGCAUACCUGGGCUACCGCGACCCCGUCAUUCCCUAUGUUUCCUACUUCUACUCAUACCGCGACGAUCGCGCCCGCCGGAACCCCGCCAAGCGCGCCGCCUCCGUCACCACCGCCGCCCUGGAGUUCAAGCGCCAGGUCGACGAUGGCUCGCUGGAGCCCGAGUACAUGCGCGGCCAGCCCAUGGCCAUGAGCACCUACCAGUACAUGUUCAACUGCUGCCGCAUCCCCGGCGACAGCGUGGACUACCCCCAGAAAUUUCCCGCCCCGGAGCACGAGCACAUCGUGGCCGUCCGCAACAACCAAUUCUUCAAGGUGCCCCUGACCGUCAACGGCAAGCGCCUGAACAACUCCGAGCUGGAACGCCAGUUCGAGCGCAUCUACGAAGUCGCGCAGCCCGCUCCGGCUCUCGGGACGUUGACCGUCGCUAACCGCGACCUGUGGGCCACGGCGCGGAAGCAGCUGCUGGCAGCGCACCCGGCCAACGAGCAGGCGCUGCGGGACAUCGAGUCGAGCGGGUUCCUCGUCUGUCUGGACAACGCGGCCCCCGUGACGCUCGAGGAGCGCGCACACCAGUACUGGCACGGCGAUGGCGCCAACCGCUGGUUCGACAAGCCCCUGCAGUUCAUCAUCAACGACAACGGCACGGCCGGCUUCAUGGGCGAGCACAGCAUGAUGGACGGCAGCCCCACCCACCGCCUGAACGACCACCUCAACAACCUCAUCUUCAACAACAAGAUCGACCUCUCGGAGCAGCCCGUGCGCUCCGGUCUGCCCGAUCCCCGCCCCAUCACCUUUCACCUCGACGGGGAAGUGCUCGAGUCGAUCGACGCCGCCACCAAAGAACACCGCCAGCAGAUCUCCUCCCACGAGCUGAAGGUCCAAGCCUACCAGGGGUACGGCAAGGGACUGAUCAAGAAGUUCAAGUGCAGCCCGGACGCGUAUGUGCAGAUGAUCAUCCAGCUGGCCUACUUCAAGAUGUACGGCAAGAACCGGCCAACCUACGAGUCGGCCUCGACCCGUAAAUUCCAAGAGGGCCGCACAGAGACGAUCCGCACGGUGUCCGACGACAGCGUCGGCUUCUGCAAGGCCAUCACCGACCCGGCCGUCCCGCGCGAGGAGGCCGUCCGUCUGUUCCGGUCCGCGCUGGCCGCCCACACCAAGUACACCACGGAAGCCAGCGACGGCCGCGGUGUCGACCGCCACCUGUUCGGCCUGAAGAAGCUGCUCCGCGAGGGCGAGAAGCUCCCUGCUCUGUACGAGGACCCCGCAUACGCCUACAGCGGUUCCUGGUACCUGUCGACCAGCCAGCUGAGCUCCGAGUUCUUCAACGGCUACGGAUGGAGCCAGGUUAUUGACGACGGAUUCGGCAUUGCCUACAUGAUUAAUGAGAACAGUCUGAACUUCAACAUUGUUUGCAAGCGUCUGGGCGCAGAGCGCAUGAGCCACUAUCUGAACGAGGCGGCGUCGGACCUGAGAGACAUGCUGAUGCCUGACUUGGCCGCCCAGAGCGAGAAGGCCAAGAUGUAAGAUUAUUU